GCCUCGAUUGGGUAUAUGAUUUCUCACUCUGCUUCUCUUCUUCUUCUUCGUUCUAAGAGGAGCUCUCUUCGGUUCUCAUUCAUGGAUCAGAAGCUCUUCUCCAAAGCUUUAACACGCUAUGCUCUAGCUAGCCGAUCUUACCACACGACUCGGUUGAAAAAGGCGACUCUAUAUGCCAAAAUUAGUCCACUGGGCGAUCCUAGAAUCAGCGUGGAGUCGGAACUCGACGGUUGGGUCCAGGAGGGGAAGAAGCUACGAGUCGCUGAGCUUCAGAGAAUCAUUCGCGACUUUCGCAAGCGCAAUCGUUUUAGCCAAGCUCUUGAGGUGUCCGAAUGGAUGAAAAAAAGUGGUGCCUGCAUAUUUUCACCAACCGAGCAUGCGGUGCAAUUGGAUUUGAUUGGCCGAGUACGAGGUUCUCUUUCUGCUGAAAACUAUUUCAAUCAGUUGAAGGAGCAAGACCAGACUAUUAAAACAUAUGGUGCUCUUCUGAAUUGCUAUGUUCGACAGCGGCAAGUGGACAAAUCCCUCUCCCAUUUUCAAAAAAUGAAAGAGUUGGGAUUUGCAACUUCAGAGCUCACUUACAAUGACAUCAUGUGUUUGUACACAAGAGUUGGCCAGCAUGAGAAGGUCCCUGAGGUGCUAGCAGAGAUGAAAGAGAAUAAUGUUUCUCCCGACAACUUUAGUUAUAGAAUCUGCAUCAGUUCGUAUGGUGCAAGAAAAGAUAUUGAGGGGAUGGAGAAUGUAUUGAAAGAGAUGGAAUCUCAACCUCAUAUUGUAAUGGACUGGAACACAUAUGCAGUAGUUGCAAACUUCUUUAUAAAAGCUGCUCUUACUGAUAAGGCAGUUGAUGCCUUGAAAAAAUCAGAAGAGAAACUGAAAAGCAGUAACGAUAGAAUCGGCCAUAACCAGCUGAUCUCGCUUUAUGCAACCUUAGGUAACAAGGAAAAGGUGCUGAGAUUGUGGAAUCUGGAUAAAACUGCUACUACGAGAAUCAUCAAUAGGGACUACAUCACGAUGCUUGAAUCUUUGGUGAGACUAGGUGAACUUGAAGAAGCUGAGAAAGUGCUGAAAGAGUGGGAAUCAUCUGGGAAUUGCUAUGAUUUUCGAGUUCCUAACAUUGUCAUUAUUGGAUAUAUUGACAAGGGAAUGUGUGAGAGAGGUGAAACACUUCUUGAAAACUUGAAGCAGAAUGAAAAGGCUACCACACCAAACAGUUGGGGUGCUCUGGCUGUUAAGUAUCUGGACCUGGGUGAGACCGAAAAAGCCUUAGAGUGUAUGAUGACAGCCCUUUCUGUAAACAUUGGUAAAGGAUGGAAGCCUAAUCUUCGGGUGAUCACAGGACUAUUGAAUUGGCUUGGUGAUAAGGGCAUUGUAGAAGAAGUAGAAGCUUUUGUAAGCGCAUUGAGGUCUGUCACUCCAGUGAAUAGAGAGAUGUAUCAUGCCUUGUUAAAGGUUUAUAUAAGAGCUGAUAAAGAAGUAAAGGAGGUGUUAAACAACAUGAAGGCUGAUAAAAUAGAUGAAGAUGAAGAAACCAAGAAAAUUCUUGGCACUUAGGAAGAAACAACUGAACGUAAGAGCGUUGCCUCAUUAUUUUUGUUAUUGUAUCUCAUUAUUGAUGGUGUCCAUCUGCCAAAUCUUGCUAGGGUUUCAACAAUGCAGACGCUUGUUGAUCAAAUUCUUCACUUGAAAUGAGUAGAAGUAGCUGAUUUCAUUGCCAAGUUUGCUGCUUUUGCUUCGCUUAGUUUUUAAUUAAAGUUUUGUGGGCUAAUAAAGCGAGGUUGCAUGCAGGGAUGAUUGUGUAUUUCAUACGUAGGGGGUAAAAACGUUGAAAUGGUGGUUUUCAAUUAAGAUUUUGAGUUAGAUAUGUGAUAGGAGUUACUUAAUUACUAUAUUAUGUGUAAAUUUGAACUUUUGGUUUAA